UCACAAUAGCGUCGCGGCAGCACGCAGCCUCGCCAUUUUCGCAGCUCUUUGUGCGCCACUGUCUGCUAAGAGUUUGCGUCUUUUUAUUGAGCGGUUCAUCGACUCGGGUUUGAAUUCUGUUGCCAAAAAUGCAAGGAAACAAAGGCCCCCAGCAGAACCACGGCCUCAACCGCCCGGGUGACCAGAAAAAACCCGGAGGAACAAACACCAACGGCCAGCAACCUGAGCCGAGCGAGCAUACCAACAUCAAUGAGGCCUUAACCCUAGACCUGCACAGCUUCAGGAAACCCGGGGAGAAGACCUUCACACAGCGAAGCAGGCUGUUUGUAGGAAACCUCCCAACUGGAGUAACCGAGGAGGAAAUCGAGAAGCUGUUCUCCAAGUACGGGAAGGCCAGUGAGAUCUUUGUCAACAAGGAAAGAGGCUUCGGCUUCAUCCGGCUGGAGACCAGGAUCAUAGCAGAGAUCGCCAGAGCCGAGCUGGAUGAUACUCUGUUCAGAGGCAGACCCAUACGGGUGAGGUUUGCAACACACGGUGCUGCUUUAUCUGUGAAGAAUUUGCCAGAGUUUGUGUCCAACGAGCUGCUGGAGGAGGCCUUCGCUGUGUUUGGUCAGAUAGAAAGAGCUGUGGUCAUAGUGGAUGACAGAGGGAGGCCUACAGGGAAAGGAAUAGUGGAGUACACCUCAAAGCCAGCUGCAAGAAAAGCUCUGGAUAAGUGCAGUGAUGGUGCUUAUCUUCUCACAGCUUUUCCUCGCCCUGUUACAGUGGAACCUAUGGAUCAGAUGGAUGAAGAGGAGGGACUGUCAGAAAAGAUCAUAAACAAAAACCAGCAAUAUCACAAAGAGCGUGAGCAGCCACCUCGAUUUGCUCAGCCAGGCUCCUUUGAGUACGAGUAUGCCAUGCGCUGGAAAGCCCUGAUGGAGAUGGAGAAGCAGCAGUACGAAAUGGUGGACCGCAACAUGAAAGAGGCUCAGGAGAAGCUGGAGGCUGAGAUGGAGGCGGCCAGACACGAGCAUCAGGUGAUGCUGAUGAGGCAGGACCUGCUGAGGAGGCAGGAGGAGCUGCGGAGGAUGGAGGAGCUCCACAGUCAGGAGGUGCAGAAGAGGAAACAGGCUGAGCUCCGACAGGAGGAGGAACGCCGGAGGAGAGAAGAGGAGAUGAGGAUGCGCAACGAAGAGAUGAUAAAGAGGCAGCAGGAGGGCUUCAGAGGCAACUUCUCUGAAAAUAGGGAGCAAGACAUAAGGAUGCAUAUGGCCGGCCAUGGGAUGCCCAUGAACAGGAACUCUCUGGGUGGUAAUUCUGGUCCUGCUGGUGCUUCUGGCAUGGCUGCUGAGAAUGCUUCAAUGAUGCCGGGGCCGGGAAACAACAACAUGACCGGAGGAGGUCAGGGUGGCUUCCCCAGAGGCCUUCCUGGGCCUGGAGACUAUGGACCUAAUAAGCAACGCAGAUUUUGAAUCACAUCUAAUUUUUUUCCAUUUUCAUACUCACUGUAUUUUGAAGUUCAGGUAGUGAGCAUUACUUUUGAACUUUGAAAACUGUUGCAUGUGUUUUUUUUUUUUUUUUUUUACUUUUUAUUUGUACUUUUGAAUUAUGUUUUAGUACUAAAAUGUCCAAACUCUCCAAAUGAGCCAUGUGUUUUACAUUAUUUCUCACAUUAAUGUAUUUUUCAUAGGGAUAGGAAAUGUUUUUGUCCUGGAUAUGUUAACUUUUCUGGAAUAAAUUCGUGAUUCCCUAAAA